GCUGAAAGACAGGCCGCAAGAAGCAGACGGAAUUGAUUCAGUGAUUGUAGUGGACAAUGUACCUCAGGUGGGACCUGAUCGUCUUGAGAAACUGAAGAAUGUCAUCCACAAGAUUUUCUCCAUGUUUGGAAAAAUUACAAAUGAUUAUUACCCGGAAGAGGAUGGGAAGACAAAGGGGUAUAUUUUUCUGGAGUACGUCUCUCCCGCUCAUGCCCUAGAUGCUGUGAAAAAUGCUGAUGGCUACAAGUUGGACAAGCAGCAUACCUUCAGAGUCAACCUUUUCACUGACUUUGAUAAGUACAUGACAAUUAGCGAUGAGUGGGACAUUCCGGAGAAACAGCCCUUCAAAGAUUUGGGAAAUCUGCGGUAUUGGCUUGAGGAGGCAGAAUGUAGAGAUCAAUAUAGUGUGAUCUUUGAAUCUGGAGAUCGCACUUCCAUUUUCUGGAAUGAUGUGAAGGAUCCAGUCUCCAUUGAAGAAAGAGCAAGAUGGACUGAGACCUAUGUGCGCUGGUCUCCCAAAGGUACCUACCUAGCAACCUUCCAUCAAAGAGGUAUUGCCCUAUGGGGAGGAGAAAAGUUCAAACAGAUUCAGAGGUUCAGUCACCAGGGGGUGCAACUUAUUGACUUCUCACCCUGUGAAAGGUAUCUCGUGACCUUCAGCCCCCUAAUGGACACCCAGGAUGACCCUCAGGCCAUCAUCAUCUGGGACAUCCUAACUGGACAGAAGAAACGAGGAUUUCACUGUGAAAGUUCUGCCCAUUGGCCCAUUUUUAAGUGGAGCCAUGAUGGAAAGUUCUUUGCCCGGAUGACAGUAGACACCUUGAGCAUUUAUGAAACUCCUUCUAUGGGUCUUUUGGACAAGAAGAGUUUGAAAAUCUCCGGGAUAAAAGACUUUUCUUGGUCACCUGGUGGUAACAUAAUUGCUUUUUGGGUGCCAGAAGAUAAGGACAUCCCAGCCAGAGUGACCUUAAUGCAGCUUCCCACCAGACAAGAAAUCAGAGUGCGAAAUCUGUUCAAUGUUGUGGACUGCAAAUUACAUUGGCAAAAGAAUGGAGAUUAUCUUUGCGUCAAAGUAGACAGGACUCCAAAAGGCACCCAGGGAGUAGUGACCAACUUUGAAAUCUUCCGAAUGAGAGAGAAACAGGUACCUGUGGAUGUGGUGGAAAUGAAAGAGAGUAUCAUAGCCUUUGCUUGGGAACCAAAUGGAAGCAAGUUUGCCGUGCUGCACGGCGAGACUCCUCGAAUAUCAGUUUCCUUUUACCAUGUAAAAAACAACGGGAAGAUCGAGCUUAUCAAAAUGUUUGACAAGCAGCAGGCAAAUACAAUCUUUUGGAGUCCCCAGGGGCAGUUCGUUGUGCUUGCUGGCCUGAGGAGCAUGAAUGGUGCCCUGGCGUUUGUGGACACUUCUGACUGUACGAUGAUGAACAUUGCUGAACACUAUAUGGCCUCUGAUGUUGAAUGGGAUCCUACAGGACGUUAUGUUGUGACCUCCGUGUCCUGGUGGAGCCACAAGGUGGACAAUGCUUACUGGCUGUGGACCUUUCAGGGGCGACUUCUUCAGAAAAACAACAAGGACCGCUUCUGCCAGUUACUGUGGAGACCUAGACCUACAACUCUGCUCAGUCAGGAUCAGAUAAAGCAAAUUAAGAAGGAUCUGAAGAGAUACUCCAAGAUUUUUGAACAGAAGGAUCGUUUGAGUCAAUCCAAAGCCUCCAAGGAACUGGUAGAGAGAAGGCGUACAAUGAUGGAAGAUUUCCGGAAAUACCGCAAGAUGGCCCAGGAACUCUACUUGGAACAGAAAAAUGAGCGUCUGGAAUUGCGAGGAGGGGUGGACACAGACGAAUUAGACAGCAACGUAGAUGACUGGGAGGAAGAGACCAUCGAGUUUUUCGUCACUGAAGAAAUUAUUCCCCUUGGAAAUCAGGAGUAGUCUGUUAGAGCUGAAUUAACACUGAAGAGGACUCAACUUGAAUGGACUUAUUUCCAUGUGGAGAUUUUAGAAUUAUCUAAAAAAGUGAUUAGCUACUAGAUCAGACAUGGGCUGUGCUCCAUCAAAGUUCUGGUUGCAGGAUUGUUUCAACAGAUACAACCUAGGAUCUAAACUUUUUAUGGGUAAGGGAUAUGUCUACCGACUCUGUUGUAUUGUACUCUCCUGAGCGCUUAGUACAGUGCUCUGCACACAAGUGCUCAAUAAAUAAAUUGAAUUAUUUUGUUCCCUUCCCCAUUUUUUUGCAUUUCCCCCAAAUCCCACAAUUCAAACAAGCCAAAUUGUUUCUGAGUUGGUCCAGAUUCCUAAUAUUCUGUGGGAUCGUUUACUUAGAAAUUAUCGAAUUUCCCAGCCUCAUUCCUUUCACUUAGAUUUGUACUCUGGUGCAUGUUCUUUAGAUUUUAAUAUCGAUACAAAACAUGGUCGGCGGGAGGGUGUGCUGGUGCUUCUAGAGUAGGAAAUAGAAUUCAAUGGCACAUUGUCCUAUUAUACCUAAUGGAUUUUUUUUAACCCUGUCCUUUUCCAAAAAUAGCAUUCAUUGUUUUUAACUUAACAGUUGUAAUACUGUUUCUUAUAAUUUAUAAAUAAAGUUUUUGAAAAGCUUGA